AUGGGAAUCUCAAGCGCGAAUGCAAUGGAGUGUGAAGAUGCUAAACAUCCAGUUUGGAGGCGAUGGGUUCGCUUCAGAGCGGAAGAUGGUGAAAUAUAUGGUGGUGAGCCGGUGAAUCCGGAUAUUGAUGUGGGUCAAGCCAUAGAAAAAAAUGUCAGAGUGGCAGUCAAGGUUGUGGCUGGUAACUCGGCAUUUGAUUAUAAUGCUUCAUUCACAGGGGAAGUUAAAACCAUCGAUGAACUGCUUUCUCCAGUCUCGCAAAUUGAAGCUGGGACUGUUCGAUGCGUCGGUCUAAACUACAAGGAGCACGCAGCAGAGAUGAAGUUGACUCUUCCAAACACGCCAACUGUUUUCCUGAAGGCCAACACAUGCAUUGCAUCUGCAUGCGAACCGAUUAUACUUCCCUCUAACGUGGACUACGAUGAAGCAGACUAUGAAGUUGAGUUGGCCAUAGUCAUCGGCAGGCAGUGCAAGAAUGUUUCAGUGGCUGAAGCAGCCAACUACGUUCUGGGUUAUACAGUCGCCAAUGACGUGACAGCCCGCAAACAUCAGGAGAAGACAUCACAGUGGUCAUAUGCAAAGGGAAUGGAUGGAUUUUGCCCACUCGGUCCAUGUAUCGUGUCUACAGAACAAAUCCCCGAUGCUGCAGUUUUGAACUUAAAGACACGUCUCAAUGGAAAGAUCAUGCAGAACGGAUCCGCCGAUGACAUGAUCUUCAGCAUACCAGAAAUUGUAUCCUAUCUCUCUCAGGGUCACACAUUACUGCCCGGGACCGUCAUCAUCACUGGAACACCCUGUGGAAUUGGUAUCUCACAAAGCCCACCACAAUUCCUCCAACCUGGAGACGAGCUGCGGAUAAGCAUAAGUCAUGGGCUAGGCACUCAAAUCUGUCCGAUUGCGAGAGAUUGA